AUGAUAUUAUUUUCUUUCAAUUUAUAUAUGUAUAGGAAAAUUACUCACCUUCUCUUUAUUUACCUUGUCUCUAUUUGGUUUCUCGCCUUCUCUCUAUUUAAUUACUUGACUUACUCUCUAGUUACUCACCUUCUCUUUAUUUACCUUGUCUCUAUUUGGUUUCUCGCCUUCUCUCUAUUUAAUUACUUGACUUACUCUCUAGUUACUCACCUUCUCUUUAUUUACCUUGUCUCUAUUUGUUACUCACCUUCUCUUUAUUUACCUUGUCUCUAUCUUGUUACUCACCUUCUCUUUAUUUACCUUGUCUCUAUUUGGUUUCUCGCCUUCUCUCUAUUUAAUUACUUGACUUACUAUCUAGUUACUCACCUUCUCUUUAUUUACCUUGUCUCUAUUUGGUUUCUCGCCUUCUCUCUAUUUAAUUACUUGUUACUCACCUUCUCUUUAUUUACCUUGUCUCUAUUUGUUACUCACCUUCUCUUUAUUUACCUUGUCUUUAUUUGGUUUCUCGCCUUCUCUCUUUUAAUUACGCACCUUCUCUUUAUUUACCUUGUCUCUAUUUGGUUUCUCGCCUUCUCUCUAUUUAAUUACUUGACUUACUCUCUAGUUACUCACCUUCUCUUUAUUUACCUUGUCUCUAUUUGGUUUCUCGCCUUUUCUCUAUUUAAUUACUUGACUUACUCUCUAGUUACUCGACUUUAUUUGGUCAUUCACCUUCUCUCUAUUUGGUUACUCGCCUUCUCUCUUUUUGCUUACUCGCUUACUCUCUAUUUUGUUACUUAUUUUCUCGCUAUUUGCUCACUUGCCUUCUCCCUAUUAGAUUACUUGCCUUACUCUCUGUUUGCUUGUCUUUUUCUUUCUUUCUUUUUUUUUUUGAUUACUCGCUUUCUCUAUAUUUCGUUAGUCGCUUCGUCUCUUUUUUAUUACUCACCUACUCUCUAUUUAAUUACUCGCUUUCUCUCUCUUUGA